CUUGUGACAGCCCACUUGCCUUCUUCUCCCCGCCGCCAUGUCGUCCGAUGGCUAUGACCCCGCCAAAUCCCGCAUUGCCGACGACACGUUGGCGGAUUUCUUGCGCGCCCCGCUAACCGGAGUCCUCACGGAAGUCCCUGGUAUCGGCCCUGCUGCCGCCAAGAACCUGGCCGCGGGCGAUGACCCAGCGGACCAAAUCACCAACACGUUUCAAUUGAUGGGCAAGUUUAUGCUCCUGAAACGCAACGAAGACGGGUCGGACGAACCCAUCGAUUGCCGCACGCAUUGCGAUGCGUUUUGGCAUUGGCUCAAGUCCAAGGGCAUUACGUCGUACCGCAGCGGCAUCGUCAUGGCGAUUGCGGAAAAGAUGAACACGAUGAUCCCUGGCGUGUACGAUGCAUGCGACUUCAACUAAAGGGUUUUCGUCAGCCCAUAACAAGACUCAAUCCCGUGUUUCGACGUUAUUCAAGUCACGCAGACUUGGACAUGGCUUCGAUCUUCAUCGCUUGCUCCUUGGACAGGAGGGGAUCGACUUCCAUCAGAGCUUCCCACAGCGACAGCUUUCUCGGCCGAUUCAAUGCGACAAACUAGAGGGAUGUCACGACUCGCUCCGACAAGUACUUGACUGCAGUUCUCGU